CUCUCUCUCUCUCUCUCUAUAUUUCACACGCAUAGUUUUAUUGCAGCGAGAUUUACCAUUUAUGGUUAUAUCGUUUCAUCGAUCUUUCUGUUCAAAGAAACUUGGAAGAGAAAUAAAAAAAAAAAAGAUUUGUAAAAUUUAAUGUCACCCAUUCCAUUUUGAGGGUUUCUAAUCUACGAUGAUGCAUCAAAGCAGUGAUCUUUAUACUAAAAAACACAAAUAGAUCACUUGGUUUUGUGUUUGUUUUCAAUAUGUGAACUGGGUUCGGUCUCUAAAAAGAUUUAUUUUGAGUUUUCUUUUUGGCGAGUUAUUGUGGUUGUUUUUCUUGAAUCUUUUGAAGGGCAUAAUUUCAUGGCUGGAAGUAAUGAAGUUAACCUCAAUGAAAGCAAGAUGGUGGUUCCACUAAACACUUGGGUCCUCAUUUCCAAUUUCAAGCUGGCUUACAACCUUCUUCGUCGCCCUGAUGGCACUUUCAAUCGCCACUUGGCAGAGUUCCUUGACCGGAAAGUUCCACCUAAUGCAAAUCCAGUUGAUGGGGUUUUCUCGUUUGAUGUUGUCAUUGACCGAGGGACUAGCCUCCUUAGCCGGAUAUAUAGACCAGCUGAAGGGGAGCAAUUGCAACCAAAUAUUGCUGAACUUGAGAAGCCUGUGACCUCUGAUGUUGUCCCUGUCAUUCUCUUCUUCCAUGGUGGAAGUUUUGCACACUCCUCUGCAAACAGUGCUAUAUAUGACACACUAUGUCGCCGACUGGUGGGCAUUUGCAGGGCUGUGGUGGUUUCUGUGAAUUAUAGACGUGCGCCUGAAAAUCGAUACCCAUGUGCUUAUGAUGAUGGAUGGACAGCUCUUAAGUGGGUUAAUUCAAGAACAUGGCUCGAGAGUAAGAAAGAUGCCAAAGUUCAUAUGUACUUGGCAGGGGAUAGCUCUGGUGGUAACAUUGUACACCAUGUUGCUUUAAGAGCACUGGAGUCAGGAAUUGAAGUAUUGGGGAACAUACUGCUUAACCCAAUGUUUGGUGGACAAGAAAGAACAGAAUCAGAGAAGCGAUUAGAUGGGAAAUAUUUUGUCACAGUUCAAGACCGGGACUGGUAUUGGAGAGCUUUCCUCCCUGAGGAAGCAGAUAGGGAUCAUCCGGCAUGUAAUCCAUUUGGUCCAAAAGGAAGAAGUCUUGAAGGAAUGAAGUUCCCAAAGAGCCUUGUUGUGGUGGCUGGUUUGGAUCUUAUUCAGGACUGGCAAUUGGCUUAUGUUGAAGGGCUCAAAAAGGCUGGCCAAGUUGUGAAACUUCUAUAUCUUGAGCAAGCAACAAUUGGCUUCUACUUGUUGCCUAAUAACAAUCACUUUCACACGGUCAUGGAUGAGAUAAGUGAAUUUGUGUGUCCUAACUGUUAGUAAAUUUUACCGACUGGCAGAUAUACAUGACAGAAGCUUGACAUUCUGCUUGAUGGUAAUUAAGGGUGGUUUGCUGUUUAUAUGAUUGUGUAGUAUUACUACUUACUGUUUCAUUGAUCAUAUGUUGUUGGGUUCUGCUACUCUGGAGGGCCUUCACAGCUAGGCUCUGUUAUUGGGUGCAGAAGGUGGUUCAGCAUCUAGCUGGCUUGAGAGUUGGUAUGUGUUCUCUUAUACAUCCGAAGUCUGGGCUUGAAUGACGUAGUUUGAUGAAGCUUUUAAGGCAGCAGGGAGCUGUUUAACUAAGCUUAGCAGACCCACCAAAUUUAUGGCUACCCAUUCUGACUUCCAGUUUCAUCAGAGAGGAAGACUGGAGCGCAGGGUUGCAUCCGGUGGCCGAUUAAUUGGGUCGGUGCCUUGCUAAUGUUAUAUAGCUAAUUUUAGAACAUGGAUGGGAGAAACAUCCAUGGUAUUGUGAUCCUUAAGUUUAUACAUAUGCUUUUAGUAUGUAUAAAGGUGUUUGCUUAUAUUGUCAUUCAAUUUUGUCUUCCCCAUAUUGUUAUGUUUUUCUCUUUGAUUUCUUCUUAGUUUGACUCUCUAUCAGCAACUGUAAAUACUAUAUCAUAACUAUAUAUGUUUUAAGUUCUUUUGUUGUUCUGA